CAUGCAUUCAACAACGCCAUGCUUAAUAAUAGUCAAUAGAGGUCAGAGAAGAGGAGCAAACCUCCUAAAAGAGCUUCCUCCCCUCGUGACCAAUGGCUAGCUCCUCCCUUGCAAUCUUGAGAGCAGAAGAAGGAUCAUUGGAAGAAUUGCUGGAGAGUAUGGCAUAGAAAGAUUAGGGCAAAAGGAAGGGGAGAAAGCAAAGCAAAGGUGAUCUGAUUUAUUGCGCGCGCGGCCUGCCCGGCGUGGCGGGGAUGGGGAAAUUCGGCGACGGCGACGGCGCCGUCGGCGGGGGCAGCUACCCGCUGGUGGCGGUGUGCAUCGACAAGGACAAGAACAGCCAGAACGCGCUCAAGUACGCGACGGAGACGCUGGUCCACCGCGGGCAGACCAUCGUGCUCGUCCACGUCAACAUGCGCGGCAGCUCCGGCGGCGUGGAGGACGCCGCCGGGUACAAGCAGCCGACGGACCCGCAGAUGAAGGACCUCUUCCUGCCGUUCCGCUGCUUCUGCACCCGCAAGGACAUCCAGUGCAAGGACGUGGUGCUGGACGACCACGACGUGGCCAAGUCCCUCGUCGAGUUCGCCGCCCACGCCGCCAUCGACAAGUUCGUCCUCGGCGCCAACACCCGCAACAGCUUCGUCAGGUUCAAGCCCGACAUCCCCAGCAGCGUCUCCAAGACGGCGCCCGACUUCACCAGCGUCUACGUCGUCAACAAGGGCGGCAAGGUCACCUCCGUGCGCCAGGCCACUCGCCCGGCGCCCUCCGUGUCGCCGCUCCGGUCCAUGAUCCAGGGGCCUCAGGCGCCCAAGGCGCCGCUGCCGCCUGAGCCGCAGCAGGCGCCAGCGCCGCCCGCGCAGAAAUGGGCGCCGCCGCCUCCUCCGGCAGCGACACGAGGCGACUCUAUCGGGACGCCUACGAUGCAGAUGCAAGACAACUUCAUCAUGUCGCCGUUCUCGAGGGGUCCAACGUCGGCGAGGAAGGAGUUCCCGCAGUUCUCACUACCGGAGUCGUCGGACAUAUCGUUUAUCGGUGUUGCCCCCGGCCGGCGGAGCGUGGACCGGCCGUCGUACCCGCCGCGGCUGUCCACCGGAUCGGACAACCCGUACGAGCAACACAGCUUCGAGGCGCCACGCCCAGGGUGGGGCGACUUCGGCAACGAGAGCACCUCCAACUCCCAGACCAGCGUCUCCUCGCUACCCGCGGAGGACAUGGAGGCGGAGAUGAGGCGACUGCGGCUGGAGUUGAAGCAGACCAUGGACAUGUACAGCACGGCCUGCAAGGAGGCGCUCACCGCGAAGCAGAAGGCCACGGAGCUGCAGCGAUGGAAGGUGGAGGAGGAGCAGCGGUCGCAGGACGGGCGGCUGACGGAGGAGGCGGCGAUGGCGCUCAUCGAGCAGGAGAAGGCCAAGGCGCGGGCGGCCAUCGAGGCGGCCGAGGCGUCGCAGCGGCUGGCGGAGCUGGAGGCGCAGAAGCGGAUCGCCGCGGAAAGGAAAGCGCUCAAGGAGGCCGAGGAGCGGCUCAAGUCCGCCGGCUCCGGCGGCGGCUCGUCGGCACGGUACCGCCGGUACACCAUCGAGGAGAUCGAGAUCGGCACCGACCACUUCUCGGACGCGCGCAAGGUCGGGGAGGGCGGGUACGGCCCGGUGUACAAGGGCCAUCUCGACCACACCCCCGUGGCCAUCAAGGUGCUCCGGCCGGACGCCGCGCAGGGCAAGUCGCAGUUCCAGCAGGAAGUGGAGGUGCUCAGCUGCAUCCGCCACCCAAACAUGGUGCUCCUCCUCGGCGCAUGCCCGGAGUACGGGUGCCUCGUGUACGAGUACAUGGCCAUGGGCAGCCUCGAUGACUGCCUCUUCCCGCGCGCCGGCGCGCCGGUGCUGCCAUGGCAGCACCGGUUCCGCAUCGCGGCCGAGAUCGCCACGGGCCUCCUCUUCCUCCACCAGGCGAAGCCCGAGCCGCUCGUCCACCGCGACCUGAAGCCCGGCAACAUCCUGCUCGACCGCAACUACGUGAGCAAGAUCAGCGACGUCGGGCUGGCGCGCCUCGUGCCGCCGUCCGUCGCUGACACGGUCACGCAGUGCCACAUGACGAGCGCCGCGGGCACCUUCUGCUACAUCGACCCGGAGUACCAGCAGACGGGCAUGCUGGGCGUCAAGUCCGACGUCUACUCCCUCGGCGUCAUGCUGCUGCAGAUCAUCACGGCGAGGCCGCCCAUGGGGCUCACGCACCACGUGUCGCGCGCGCUCGAUCACGGCACCAUCGCCGACCUCCUCGACCCGGCCAUCCACGACUGGCCCGUCGAGGAGGCGCGGUGCUUCGCGGAGAUCUCGCUGCGAUGCUGCGAGCUCCGGCGCAAGGACCGGCCCGACCUCGCCACGGGCGUGCUCCCGGAGCUCAACCGGCUGCGCACGCUCGCCGAGGACAACAUGCAGUUCUGCAACACCAUGGGCAUGGGCGGCGGUUUCCACGGCGGCGGCAUGAGCAGCUCCCCCUACAUCAGCAACACCGCCAUGACGGCGCAAUCACGGCCCGAUGGAAUCGGCGAUCCGUUCGGGAGACCGCAGUACAGCGGGAACGCGAGCCAGCCGAGCGUGCCAUUGAGAAGGUCCAACUACAACUGAAGCUGCAUUCCAUUGCUGCGAGCUUCUGACAGCGGUAGGCCUAUAUAUGAUAGAGCAAAGGAAUUAAUCGGAACACUAAUUCAUUCUCCAUACAGAACCAGAUCAUAUUACAUGUCACCAUCGUCAUGCGCUUGUUGUUGUGAGCUUGUAACAUGCAUUCGUGUAACCCUGUGUAAAGCGUAGUAGUAAGUAGUGUUGAUCUCUUGGUUCAGCUCUUUGUAAACGACCCUGAAACUCUUGUUAACUGAUUCUUGUACAAGUUUCUUACGGUUGUUGUUUGCGAUUC